AUGGAGGAGAAUGAGGUUUCGAAACGCGGUAUCCCAGCCGCAGCAGUAAUGGAUGACGUUGCCGUCUACUUAAAAAAGGAGGGCGAUAUAACUGUCGAGGAAGGAUUAAAGCGCUUGGAUGAGUUGUACUUGAAGUACAAAACUGUUGAAGAACAGGUGCUUGCGCAGAAGGCAAGGAUGUCUUCAAAACUUCCAGAUUUGCAACAGUCUUUAGACAUUUUGUCCCUUCUGGAGGAAAGAGUUGAACAGAAAGAUCCUUUAGAAGUUACUCAUAUGCUUAGUGAACAGGUUUACAGUCGAGUUAGAGUAGACGACCCUAAAAAGGUAUAUCUUUGGCUUGGUGCGAAUGUUAUGGUUGAAUACCGUCUUGACGAAGCACGAGCCAUUCUGCAGAAAAAUUUUGAUCAAGCAACCGCGGUCGUAAACGAAAUCAGUAAGGAAUUGGAUUUUGUAAGAGAUCAAAUAACCACAACAGAAGUUAAUAUUGCCAAUGUUUAUAACUACGGUGUUCAACUGAAAAAAGCGGCUGCUGCGGCAAAAGCAAAAUAA